UGACAGGCCGGCUGGUGAGGCGCCGCAGGGGGAGGCCGCGACUGAGCUCCGGGACCAGCCAUGGGCUGAGACACGUCCUCGCCGAACAGCCCAACCAGGGAGAGGGCAGGGACGGGAGAGGUGGAAGAGGUGCUUCUUCCUUCCAGAGGCUCUGGUGACCACAAACCCAUCCUCUUUCUCUCAAGCCUGCAGCAGACGUGACCCUACCGUAUCCCAGCAGAACAUGCCCGGGUGACUCCCCCUCAGCUCUUCCUUGUGGCCUUCCUUGCCCUCCCUAGAGACACUAUGCAACCCCAGUGUGACCUGCGAGGCCUCUGGCUCCUGCUGCUGUCCUUGUUUCUGCUGCUGUUUGAGGUGGUCAGAGCUGGCCGGGCAGUGGUUAGCUGUCCUGCCUCCUGCCUGUGUGCCAGCAACAUCCUCAGCUGCUCCAAGCAGCAGCUGCCCAAUGUGCCCAACUCCUUGCCCAGCUACACAGCAUUACUGGACCUCAGCCACAACAAUCUGAGCCGCCUGAGGGCCGAGUGGACCCCCACUCGCCUGACCCAACUGCGCUCCCUGCUGCUGAGCCACAACCACCUGAACUUCAUCUCCUCUGAGGCCUUUUCCCCGGUACCCAACCUGCGCUACCUGGACCUCUCCUCCAACCAGCUGCGGUCACUGGAUGAGUUCCUGUUCAGUGAACUGAAAGCAUUGGAGGUGCUGCUGCUCUACAAUAACCACAUCAUGGCAGUGGACCGCUCCGCCUUCGACGAAAUGGCCCAGCUGCAGAAACUCUACUUGAGCCAGAACCAGAUCUCCCGCUUCCCUCUGGAACUGGUCAAGGAAGGAGCCAAGCUACCCAAGCUGACACUCCUGGAUCUCUCCUCCAACAAGCUGAAGGACUUGCCGUUACCCGACCUGCAGAAGCUGCCGGCAUGGAUCAAGAAUGGGCUGUACCUUCAUAACAACCCUCUGCACUGCGACUGUGAGCUCUACCAGCUCUUUUCCCACUGGCAGUACCGGCAGCUGAGCUCCGUAAUGGACUUUCAAGAGGAUCUGUACUGCCUGAGGUCCAAGAAGCUAUACAAUGUCUUCAACCUGAGUUUCCUCAACUGCAGUGAGUAUAAGGAGCGUGCCUGGGAAGCCCACCUGGGUGACACUUUGACCAUCAAGUGUGACACCAAGCAGCAAGGGAUGACCAAGGUGUGGGUGACACCAAGCAAUGAACAGGUGCUAAAUGUAAUGGCCAAUGGCUCAGCGACAGUGUCCCAGGAUGGCAGUCUUCAUUUCCAGCAUGUGCAGGUCGAGGACGGUGGUGUCUAUACCUGCUACGCCAUGGGGGAGACUUUCAAUGAGACUCUGUCUGUGGAGUUGAAAGUCCACAAUUUCACCUUGCCCGGACACCAUGACACCCUCAACACAGCCUAUACGACCCUUGUGGGUUGUAUCCUCAGUGUGGUCCUGGUCCUCAUAUACCUGUACCUCACCCCUUGCCGCUGCUGGUGCCGGGGUGUAGAGAAGCCUUCUAGUCAUCAAGGAGACAGCCUCAGCUCUUCCAUGCUUAGUACCACACCCAACCACGAUCCUAUGGCUGGUGGGGACAAAGAUGAUGGUUUUGACCGGCGGGUAGCCUUCCUGGAACCUGCUGGACCCGGGCAGGGUCAAAACGGCAAGCUCAAGCCAGGCAACACCCUGCCAGUGCCUGAGGCCACAGGCAAGGGCCAACGGAGGAUGUCAGAUCCAGAAUCGGUCAGCUCGGUCUUCUCUGAUACACCCAUUGUGGUGUGAGCAGGAUGGGUUGGUGGGGAGAUUCUGCCCCAGGAGAGGUAAUGCACCCCUGAAGGAUAUGAGGGGAUGGAAGAGAGGGCUGGCUGCCCAAGGGAGUGGGUUCCUCCUGACCUCAAGGGAAUUGGUCAUGGGUACAACAGAAGGCAAGGUCCCAGUGAGGGUGUGGCUGCCUCGAUCUUCAACUAUGGAUGUAUUAAUCCUCAGGCGAAUGCUACGCCCCUACCCAGAGCCCUGGCAAUUCUCAGUGUGGUAGAGGAAGAGGAGCGUGUCUGAGUUGGAUGGGAAUGAGGAAAGGGCGAGGGGAAGAGCAGAUUCCCUAAACUUUGUUGAGGUCAUCCCUAGCUCCUUAAGAGAAAACCAUUUGAGAAAAACAAUUCUACCUUUGCCCGCCCGCACCUGUGGUGUUGUGUGUGUUGGGGGGUCUUCCACAGGAGCCAUAUUGGGGGAAAACUGUAGUAUCUUCUUUGGUCAGGAAGUCACACUUCACAGCUGGGGAAAUUGGAAACCUUCAGAAAAUGAGUGAGGAAGAGGCCGAGACCUCAAUCAAUAACACUCCCCAAAGCUGCUGUGAGACUUCCCACUAAAGCCUUCCUCUUUCCCGAUGAGCCCUAAGUGGGUGGAUCUUUGCAGGAGCCUGGCUUGUUGCCUGUUGGUUAUGGCAGCAAUGUGGGACGUGGCAUCUCUGCCUUGCCCUGGGACCAGCGGCACAGAGGGGCACGUCGUGAGCUGAGGGGUCUGUGUCACAGCCUAGGUGCCAGCACAAAACCUGUAGCUCGGCUAAUUUCCUGGUUGGGAAACCCGUGGUUAGCAUUUGAUUCCCAGCAUGUGUGUGCCAGGCCAGGGUGGGGCUGCUGAAGGCAGAGCAUUUAUGGAUGGUUGCCACAGACAUGGUACGUGGGCCCACUCUGAACAAGGAUGACGGGAAAUGAGCCUCUAUUAUGUAGCAUCCCAGCUGGACCUACCUGAUUGUCGGUGUCUGCCAUCUCUUCAUCUGGUCUCCUCGUCAAGCUCAGGUGGGGUUCUCCGUUUUUCCUACUGUGCAGCUCCGUAAUGGGAGGAGUCCAGGAAAGUCUGGCCCCUGCUGGGUUAGACUGGGCUUAGAGAUAGAGGGAGCCCAGUAUGUAUCUCCCCUAUGUGCACAAGGCUGCCUCACUCCUCUCAGAUGUCUCACGCCUGCUUCCAGGCCAGAGCACAGGAUCUCGUCAUCUGAGGGGCUGGAAAGGGGGUGGUCCCUCUAUCCUAGAAUGGCUAUUUGGAGUGUGGCUUAAAGUUCUGCCCUCUCCACAGGUUCCAUACGAUCCUGUAGCAGAGACAGUCACUGGACUAGACUCUCAGGAGGAAAGUGCUGCCACCCCAUCCCUCUCAGCCAGAGGUCUGUGUAGUUGUGGUUGUCAGGCCAGAGGAACUUAAGAAUGAGCCCAACAUUCUGUUCCAUCCAAGGUUGCAGAACACUUUGUGGAAAUGACUGUUCCCGUUAACUUCUCCCUUUGACUGCCCCACAGGCCCUGGGAGGUGGUUGCCCUGAGCUUUGGCAGGGAGAUGAGCAGGUGAAGGUGUCUUCUGAAAUUAGUCUUUUUCAAUGUCUCCUGUCUUGCACGUUUUUUGUCCAUUGGAGGUCUUCCAGAUCCUCUAGUUUUCUGACCUGUUCUUUAGGUUCCAAGAGGGGUUAUUUACCUGCAGCUAAGGGCUGCUCGCUAGAGGAGCUGUUAAGCUGCCUAUUAAGACUGGGGAAGGGGACUGGAACUCAACACCUUCCCCUGGGCUGUUCCUGGGAUCUCAAGACUACUGUCCAUCCUUUAUUAGAAACCUAGUUUUAUCAGGAGAGAGGUGCAGCAUUUCCCUCAAGUACCUGCAUGCUCAUAGGUAUGCAUGCUCAUAGGUAUGCACGCACACCAGCACCUCGACUUCCACCAGGACAGUGAGUCUGUAGUCCCAUAAUGCCACUCAGAAAGGUCUCGCCUAUGUGCACAAUUUCAUGCACACAACGUUCUUGACCCGUAGGAGAGACAGUGACCACACCAAGCUCCUCUAAUAUACAAACUCUUGUACUUUAAUUUCUGAGCUCCCUAAAACUUCACCCACAUCUCCAAGGCGUUGAAUCGCUUUUCUGCAAAGGCUGGAGGCUGGAGUUAGGAGAACCAUGGUUGAAGACCUUGGGAGAUGGGGUGGUGAAGUUAGCUGGCUCUUCAGACUCCUCAGAGGCCUUCCUUAAAGUCUGUAGAUGAGAAAUUAAGACAGAGCUAGGUCAAUGAAGGACCCAGUGGAAACACAGGGGGCCAGGCAGCUGUGAGUUGCUCUUCCGUUAAAUACCCUGAUGAAACCAAGGCAGAAGAGAAGAGCUGUGUGCUUAGAUUCCAGAGGCUUCUGAGGAUUUUGUUAUUGGAGCUGUCAGUGCCAGGACUCCCUCAGAUUUACCAGGAAACCUGGAGAAGAUCUCAUCUCCAGGCUGCAGUUUCCCCUCUUGGCACCAUCUAGGGUUCUGAGAAUCUUCAAGGGGAAUGUCAAAUGAAGCAGGCCUACUGGCAAAGCUCCUGAGGACUAAAAGGGCCGUUUUCUUGGUACAUUCUCUCGGUUUAUGGAAUAAGAAAGGGCCCUAUGGCCCUAAGUGUCCCUGCUGUAGCCCCUCACGUGAGACACCUGUCAGAUGUGUCCAGCUGCCCCGCCAAGAGAUAUAACUGACUAGCCUCUUCCCACGUCCAGCUGAUAGGAGCCAGAGGUAGCUUUCUACCUGUGAGACUGAGUAUGCAGCGUAUGUAAGCUCACGAGAACCCUGUGUAAAAAACUGCCGGUGUGGCCAUCAGAAAGGCCGAGAGGUCACCUCAUCCCCUCACCCCACCCGGCACCCAUACACCAGACAUUGUCCAAGGAAGCAGAUGUCCCUGGAGACAGUAUGACAGGGCUCUACCAUCUGUCUAAUUAUUUGUGAUCUUUAUUCUUUGCCUGCUUUAUGGGGGGCCCCAGGAAGGAGCCAGGAGAGGGUAUACCCAGCUGGGAAGAGCAAGGCUGACUGAUGGCAGUUUCUGUAUGUUCUUACCUCUGUACUUCCUUGUAGCCUUGCUAGCAAAGCGAGCAGGCCUCCAUGUCCAGACCCUUCCCUCCCACUUGUGUAUACCCAGGCUGGCAUACCUUGGAGCCUCUGGGCGCUGAAAACUAGAAGUGAUCAUUAAACCUGGCUUGAGUCUCUGUUCCA